UUGAACUUUUUCCGCCCGCCAAAAGAGACAUUUCUUUUUUAACUAAUCAGAAUUCACCUCUGAGGAGAAGAAACUUCAAAAUGGCGUCUGGAUCUCUACCAAAUGCUGUGACACGUUUCUACGAACAGCAGAAGCAGCAACAACAACAACAGCAAGAUCGUCAACAACUGAGACGAGAAGAGGGGAAUGCUUUUAUCCCCAGAGCAGCUACAGCUAGCAGCUUACAACAAACUUGGUUGCUGCAGCAACAACAACAACAACUUCAGCAACAACAACUUCAGCAACAACAACAGCAACUUAAUGAACAACAAGAAGAUGGCAACAAUAAUGCAGCUUUUCAGGAAGAAAGCUCCUACAACAGCGUCGAAACCGACCACUUGAUAGAGAGCAACUUGAGAUAUGUUGAGCAAUUACGCAGAGAGGCCCAAAAUGUUGUCGAUGGUGAAACUCUGCUGCAACAACAACGACACCAAUCUCAACAACAAACUGCUGUAGCACCAAAUAAUCUUUCUACAAGAGUAAGAGCAUCAGUGGUAGAUCCUGAAGUAUUAAUCGAACUAGUACGGCAAUAUCCAUGUUUAUGGAAUACAAAGCUGAACGUGUACCGUGACCAAAUUAAAAAGAAAAAAGCCUGGGAGAUAAUUUCGGCAUCGUUAAAUGGAGCUUUUACAGUUGAUGUUUUGAAGAACAAGUGGAAACUUAUUCGAGACAGUUAUAGCCGUUGUAUGCAUAAACGAGAAGAACAAACGAGAUCCGGUGCAGCUGUAUCAAAGCUCGCAAAAUGUAGAAAUUUUGAGGCUCUUAGUUUUCUCAGAAGUGCAGUGUCAUCAAACGAAAGUGAUAGUAAUGUGGAUGAUUCUUUAGCCAGCCCAGAGAUGUCACUUCCAAUCUCACAGCAUUCAAAUAGACAGUCAAUUGAUGAUUCUUUAACUAGUCCAGAGGUGUCGAAAAGAAGGUCAAUUGAAUCGGUGUCAAUUGAAGAUGAAACUUCUUCGAUAACAUCCAGAACAUCAUCACGAACUGAACCGUAUUACAAGCCAACAUCCACUGCAACAAAACAAAAGAAAAAAUUGGCCUCAGAUGUCGAUGUGAUGUUGAUCAAUUCUUUGGAAGAUGUCAGUGCUGUGUGCAGCAACAUCAGUAAACCUGUCGAGCCAACACCAACCAAUGUCAGAGAAGAAAAAAUGAUGCUGAUCAUUUGUUUUGCAUGAGUUUGAUUCCUGUUUUGAAAAGUCUCCCAGCUGUGAAAAACAGACAAGCAAGAUUAAAAAUUCAAGA